CGUCUUAAUUAACCAAGACCUCGUGCAACCUCGUGUCAGCAAAUCGCCACGAAUUGAGCUUUAGGUUAACUGUUGCGUGUAAAUUUUUACCAGUACAGUAUUUAAUAAUUAAUCCGCACUUCGAAUAUCUAGACAAAGUUACUUUUGUGUAAUCAUGGCAGUCAGAGUACAAUUUGAGAACAACAACGAGAUUGGGGUGUUUUCGAAACUGACAAAUUCCUAUUGUUUAGUGGCAAUCGGCGGGUCGGAGAAUUUCUACAGUGUAUUCGAAGCAGAAUUAGCAGAAACGAUACCAGUCGUGCAUGUGUCAGUUGCUGGUUGUCGUAUUAUUGGAAGAUUAUGUGUCGGGAACAAACACGGCCUUUUAGUGCCAAACACGACAACAGACACAGAAUUACAACACAUACGAAAUUCUCUCCCAGAUAAUGUAAAAGUUCAAAGGGUUGAAGAAAGGCUUUCAGCUCUUGGAAAUGUCAUUGCAUGUAAUGAUUACGUUGCUCUAGUUCAUCCUGAUCUUGAUAGGGAAACGGAAGAAAUCCUAGCUGACACAUUAAAUGUAGAAGUCUUUAGACAAACAGUUGCAAGUAAUGUGUUAGUUGGAUCUUACAGUGUUUUAUCGAAUCAAGGUGGUAUAGUACAUCCAAAAACGUCUAUACAAGACCAGGAUGAGCUGUCGUCUCUGUUACAAGUACCAUUAAUAGCAGGUACGGUGAACAGAGGUAGCGAAGUAAUAGCAGCAGGCAUGGUAGUCAAUGAUUGGGCUGCAUUUUGUGGUAUGGAUACAACCUCAACAGAACUUUCAGCCAUUGAAAGCGUAUUCAGGCUUAAUGAAGCUACACCAGCUGCCAUCACUUCAACUUUGAGAGCAUCCCUCAUAGAAAGCAUGUCGUAAAGGAGGUUCUGUACCAAACUGAAACCAGAGUACCGAAAGAACGGAUUGUACAAUCUAUAUAUGUAUGUACAUAACAGCAGCAUCCAUAUCUGUGAGAUUGCAUGAUGCAGAUACACUUAUAGUAUCAUAUCUGUGAAUGUAUUGCGUAAUUCCACCUCCAAAUGACUUAAAGUGUAACGACAUACUCUGUAUUAAAGUUUCUAAGAAAUGUGCAAA